CAUGCGUAAUCUCUCAUUUAAAAUCCCUUGCCAUAUCUAUCUAUUGACAUUGUAAAAUGAAGCAUGACUUAUGCAAACUAAAUCUACCUGCAUGCGCAUUCUAACCGGAAACCUUAACUUUCGGUUUGUAUCAAUUUCUUCAGUAAUGGUGAUAUAAAAAGCAGCCAUGUCAAUAUCGUCAAGGGAGGGUCUCCUGGUUUGUGCCAUUGACUUUGGUACAACAUACUCGGGGUAUGCAUACUCAUUGAGAAGUGAUUUCGCGGAGGAACCUUUGAAAAUAUUCAUCCCAAACUGGAAUGCACCAUCAAGUGUUUUGGUAUCCUACAAAACUCCCACCACCCUUCUUCUUGGGAAAGACAAUGAGUUUGUUGCGUUUGGAUACGAGGCAGAAUCAAAGUACUCGGAGUUAGCAGAGGAGGACUAUCAUCGAGAUUACAGUUACUUUCGAAGAUUUAAGAUGGAGUUGAGUAAAAAAGUCGGAGAAGGCAAGAGACUUACCACGGAUACAAAAAUAAAAGAGAUCACGGGGAAACGGGAAAUGUUGGCGCUGGAUAUAUUUGUCCAUUCCAUAAAAUAUUUUAUAAGACAAGUGUUGGACACAGUCAGGAGGAAAGGAACAGGGGUGAGAGAGAACGAGAUCUCGUGGGUACUGACGGUGCCUGCCAUCUGGUCAGAUCCUGCCAAACAGUUCAUGCGAGCGGCCGCAGAAAAAGCUGGUAUUCCAAGACAUAGACUCAUGCUUGCUUUGGAACCAGAGGCAGCAUCUAUCUACUGUAGUUAUCUGCCGUUAACAAAACUCGAGGGAGGCGAAGUGGGUGUGUUCAACGCAGGCAGUAAAUAUCUCGUUCUGGAUGCUGGGGGUGGAACUAUUGACAUAACAGUUCAUGAAGUCACGUCAGAUGGAGACCUGAAGGAACUGGAGAAAGCGAGCGGGGGUGACUGGGGCGGUAAUUAUGUUGACAUGACCUUCAAAAGCUUUCUUAUGGAAGUGGUCGGAGAACAGUACAUGGAGGCGUACUGCUUAUCGCACACUGCAGAUUAUAUCGAACUUUUUCGAGACUUCGAAAUGAAGAAAAGAAAGAAAACCGCUGUACCACAGUCGAAAGUGACGAUGAAGAUUCCCGCUUCUUUCACGGAGUGGUAUAAGGAAUACACGAAUGGCAUAGACAUUAUAGAGACUACUAAAAAAUCAAAAUAUAACAAAAGUAUGAAAUGGGAGGGGGAUAAACUUAGAAUUACUCAGGCUUGUUUUGAUAACUUUUUUGCACCAGCAUGCACGGGAAUCAUUGACCAUAUUACUGAUUUACUGGAAAAUCCACAUCUCUCAGGAACUGAUAUAAUAUUGAUGGUGGGUGGAUUUUCCGAAUCACCAAUUUUGCAAAAGUAUAUACACGAACAUUUUAAAUGUCGCGUGGUCAUUCCACGUGAUGCGGGGUUAGCUGUGUUGAAAGGUGCCGUUUUAUUUGGCCACAACCCCCGAGCAAUAGUAGCACGCGUGACGAAGUACUCUUAUGGAGUGGCAUCGUAUGAAAAAUUCGUUCCCAAACAUCACAAGUCGACAAAGAAAGAUCGCGAUUUCUGCUCCGAUGUGUUCGAUGUACAUGUGAAGAAAGGAACAACACUUCACACUGAAUAUGCGUCACCGAAACGUAUUUAUAGGCCCAAUCGAAAAGAUCAGCUAGAACUUGACAUAGAACUUUACGUCAGCGAACAGAAUAAAUUGCCAAAAUAUAUAGACGAUGCAGGGUGUCAUUAUCUUGGGAAGUUAACAGUUGGAUUUCCGAACACGAAAGGCGGCUUGAAUCGCGAGGUUGCAGUGCAGUUAAUAUUUGGAGGGACAGAACUUAGAGUUAAAGCAGAAAACGAAGCAACACGUGACAUUUUUACAGCAAAAUUCGACUUUCUUGGAAAUGAACCGUAAUAAUAUUCAUAUAAACUGUUUUGGGUGUAAUAUACUUGGUGCUGUUGUCAACAGAAGAACUUUACAAAUAUGUCAUUAACUCCACCAAGCAGAUUGUCCUGUAGAUGCGUACAUUAAUUUCAUUUAUAUAUAAUUUUUAAAGUGACAUAUACGCCACA